UAUAAACAAUGCCCAAUCUAAAUUCUUUCGGAUCUAAGUACUGUGCGAUUACUCAUUUUUUAUCCAUUUAAUAUCUUCUCAGUCAUAUCUGUUCAGCUACAGGCUGCAUUCUUAUUUCCGUUAAUUGGUUUAUCUGGCAAAUAUCAGAGACAUUGCGUUUUGUCUCCUCCUUUGGAGCUUUGUCCGCCUCUGUCGCACCUAACAAUCAAUCAUUGUAGCGUUUAUGCACCUCUACUUUCUGCAUUCUAUUCUUAAGGUUUAACCAAUGUUAAGACGUCAGUAGCUUGUUCCAAAUCUAUCAGCAGUUUCAUUUUUAAUCACCUGUCACGGUAUUAAACAAUGGAGGAAGUUGCUGAUGAAUUGAGAACAAAAGACCAUCAAAAUGAAGCCUCCGAUAAGGUGAACGGUAGUGCCUCCCAGGAAGCUGAUGGCUCCGCCAACAGCAAUAAUGAUCUGCUAAGUGAUAAUAUUUCUACACUAAAAUCUAAGUUGUCUGAUCUUCAAAAUUCCGCAGAUAAUGUAGAAUCUAAUUGUUCUGAAUUAGAUUCCAUAGUUGAAGGAAGCAGAGAAAAUGACAACACCAGCUCUGAACCCAUUUUAACCCCUGCAGUUUCAGAUGAAGUUUCAAAAAAAGUUGCUCUUGAAGCUGAAGCCGAAACUGUUGAAUCUGAUGACAUCACAGAUGUCUUAGCUGAAAUGGAGGCUUCAAAAAGUGAGAAAGAAGGUGUUAAUAUGGAAUCAGAUCAUAAUAUGGAGGUUGAGACUGAUGACAAUGAAGUCAACACUUCCAAAGUAUGCAAUGAUUCUCUUAAUCCUGAGGUUCAAGACUCUAAUUCGGUAGAUAUGGGCAGUCCUGUCUCAAACUCUUCAAUGCAAGAUGAAGAGAGCGAGGGUCCAAAUGAUGCAGAACUCAAGAAUCUGGCUGAAGAAGACAGCAAGAUUUCGAGUAAUGAAAUAGGUAGUGAAGUUGUGGCGCCCUGUAAUAUAAAGAGUCCAUCAACAAAUUCUAAUCUUAGUGGCGAAGAAAGUUUAGCAAAAAAGUCUGAAGGAACAAUUAUUUCGAAUGCAGAAAAUUUAGCAGAUCAUACGGAAAAUUCUGAGUCAGCGGAUAAUUUAGAAAAUGCAGAUAUUGUUGCUUCUGAUAGUCCAGGUGAAAGCACUGACCGCGCAGACUUUGCAGAUCCAUUAAGUGCAGCUGUUGAAAAUUCUGCUGAGAAUGUAGAGACCGACCCUUCUUCAAAAGACGGUGAAUCGGAAGAUCUAGAAAGUAUCGAUGAUGCAAACAGUAAAAGAUGCUCUGAAGACAAAACAGAUAAACCUGUGAGCCAUGAUGAUAUUGAUAACCAGGCGGACACAUUUGAGCAAGAUGGGCAUAGCAACGAACCAACAGAGUCGACUAGCUUUUUGAAUAUGGAUCAAGACUCUGUUCCUGAAGAUGGAGAGCCAGAUGCAAGGAGUAUGCAAGAGCAUAUUGAAGAUCCAUUUAGCAGUGGACCAGAGGAGUCUGCUCAAACCUUAAAAACAGCAGAAGAAGCUAAAAACUCUACUGAACAGCAAAAAGCAACUGAGGAAACCCUUGAAGAUAAGGAAAUCAAUAAAGAAGCAUCAGAAACAGAGAAAUCAUCGGAGUUGGUUGAAUCUUCCGCAGUUGCUGAAGCUGCUGAAACGUCGUCUAGUACCUUGCAAGAGGUUGAAAAGCCUGUUGAAGCCCAGGAAGUGGAAGAGUCUUCUAAAGUCUCAGAAGUAGAGAAAGGGUCUGAAAAUGGUUCAGAAGAGAAAAAAGGGAGUGAAAAGCCUUUAGAAGAUAAAGGGACUACAGACUUAGCUGAAGAGGCUGCAGAGUCUAAAGAACUGAAUGGAAAACAAGGAGAUACAGCUGUUAUUAUUGAUGAUGGUUCAGAAACAGAGGAAGAGCUGGAUGAUACGGAUAAAUUUGGAAAAAUCACCAAAAUAUACUCUGGAGCAUCCAGAACAGCAACAACUGUAGGAGAGUCGAAAACGUUAACCUCAGAAUCAAAAGCAAUAGAUAAAGACUCGUCUAAAGUUGGUGAUAAAUCAGAAGUGUCUGUUGCUGGUGGCAAAGUAGUACAAACUAUUGGUAAAUCUGUUGAAGCUGGAGCACUUGGAUCAACAGAGCAGAGUGUAAAGAAGAAAACAGUUACUGAAUUGUCGAUUGAUGUUUCUCAAGAGGAAGAUGAAUUCAGUGGUCCUGAAAGUCCUUCGAUCGUUGAUGUAACACCUGAAAUCAUGGAAAUUGAUGACUUCGGAUCAUCAGGAACCAGUUUUAAAAGUGAAACUACAUCUACUAAAGAAGAGAAGAAAGGAGAACAGGUUUCCAAAUCAACAGACAAAAGUAGUGUAAUGAAUCUGGCAGAACCAGAAGUGGUCAUCGAUGUUGACGAAGAGUCGUCAAAACUGUCCGAGAAACUGCCAGGCAAAAGAGGACGUAAGAAAAGUUCACCAGCCGAGCCAGAAAAUAUUUGCAUUGUUCCUGAUUUACCUGAAAUUCAAACUGUGAGAAGUCUAGCACCGGUCAAGCAAAAAGUGAGUAAGGGUAUGAAAAUUGCCCCGCCUCCGGAACUAGACACAACUCCCACCGGACGAACUCGCAGGAAAGCAGCUGAAACUGCCGGACUGAAGAUGAAGAAGAUAAUGGCAGACACUCAAGAUGAUGUUGCCUCUGAUCCAGGUGAGCCAAUGGUCAGUAGAGAAAAUUUUGUAAGAAAAUGUGCCGAAUGCAAAAAACGAUUAAUCAUGAGCGAAGCCACAUUGUUCUGGGAGACAAUGGAAUUCUGCGAUGAAGCCUGCCUAGGUUCUUAUCUUACCAAACUGGGAAAGUAUUGUGCCAAUUGUAAGGGUGACGUUCAACAGGCAAGUCUUGGCAAGUAUUGCGUCAGAUUUGGCACGGAUAUCAAUCAGUUUUGUCGCAGUCAAUGUUUGGAAGAAUUUAAGAAAGGUUUGAAAGUUUGCAGUUAUUGUCAAAAAGACAUAUCAUCAGGACCUGAAGGAUUUCUAGCACCUGUUGGUGACAAAGGCCAAUUUAAGGACUUCUGCACACAGCAAUGCAUGCAUCUGUAUGAAACUAUAAGCAAUAAUCUUCCUGAACCAACUGAAAGGCAGAAAUGUACUGUUUGUAAUCAUGAUAAUGUUGUAAAAGUCAAAGUGCGGUUGAACAACAAAGAGACCAAACUUUGCAGUGAAGUUUGUUUUGCAGCUUUUAAAUUCGCCAAUUCUGUUGAAUGUGAAAAAUGUGACAUGUGUCGUAAAUACUAUCACAAUAGGAAGAGUCAUGUGAUCUUUUAUGAAGAUGAGCUUCACACGUUCUGCUCAAAAACGUGUAUGAAUGUCUACAUUCUAGGGAAAAGGAGAAUCAUUUUGUGUAACACGUGCAAGGUUAAAAAGUACAACUUUGAUAUGAUCAAGCGUGUGCUUAGCAACGGAACAGCUGUCUUUGCUUGUUCGCUGAAUUGCUUAGCUAACUACCAGAAAUCUAGCCCAACCUCUCGGUCUACUAAUUGUGAUCAUUGUGGAUUGUCAAGGCCUGUACAGUACAAUCUGAAUAUGUCGGAUGGCUCCUUACGUAGCUUUUGUACUUUAGUUUGUGUGAUGAACUUCCAAGCUCAAAGUAAAGCUUCGCACCAUAAAGUAUAUCCUGUAGGUGGUCCCAAAAAAGUCUCGGCAAAGAAAUCAGUAUCAACAAGUGUAGACAGCGUACCAGUUAUCUCCACAGUAACUUCUCUGGCUCAAGCAAAUGGUCCAAAAGCUAACAGUCAUACCCCCAAGACAGGUGUGAUACAACAGAUCGUAAUGCGACCGCCAAUCCCCAAGCCUGUUUGUAAUAAAAUUAUUCAGUGUAGGCCAUCUCACAACACAAAAGGCGUUUCCUGUAAACCUUUCAUGACAACGAAGUCCACACAGACUGAGGAAGACAAACCGCAACAGGUUCUCCUGCCUAUUCCCGUACCCAUAUACGUACCUCUCCCUUGCGCCAUGUACAAAUUACCGGUGCCUUUUGCAAUGCCAAUCCCUAUACCAAUCCCUGUUCCUAUAUUCAUUCCUACAACCAGAAAUUCAGCCAAAGGAAUCAUGAAGCAAAUCAAGAAAAUUCAAAAGAAAAUUCCGCAAGAUCCUUUUGAAGCAGAGCUAUUGAUGAUGGCAGAAAUGGUCGCGGGAGAAAAGAAAGAAGAUGUAACGAGCAGCUCAGAUGAAGAUGAUGAUGUGGGAGGUGACCUUGGUGCAGAUGUAAGCUUGCAUAACGAAUCUGAAGAUGAUGCAAGGGCACUCUCUUCAGCUGGCAAUCAAUCUCCUACCGUAAGCGUCAAAUCAAGUAUAAGCUGUAAAGCACCGCACCUAGACGAUCUAGCAGAUAUAGAAGACACCCUUAAACCAUCAACCAUAGUACCCACCGAGCGGCCGCCAAGUGAGCAGAGCCGCGAUAUCGAUCCGCCAAGCCCUCCAAUCAUGAAAAAAGCAGCCAGAAAAAGAACUUCUACCUCUGGUUAUGGGGCUGAAAGUAUUGGUAUGAAGCGGAUUAGGCGAUCGCAAGAUGGCCAGGAUUCUCCCGCUCCACCGUCCCCACCACUAGAAAUAAUUCGGCCUGAUGCCAAUAUGAACCUCAAAUACACCUAUGGUGUGAAUGCCUGGCGACAGUGGAUCAUGAUGAAAAACACAGAGCUAGAGAGAUCGUGUGCAAAAACUGGGAGAAAACCGGUCCUUUUCAAAACAGAUCUCCUUAAGUUGACACCCGAUGAGCUGAGCUACACUCUCUGCCUUUUCUUGAAAGAAGUCAAGAAGCCCAACGGAACAGAGUAUGCACCAGAUACUCUUUUUUACUUCUGUCUUGGUAUCCAGCACUAUCUCUACGAAAAUGGGCGAGUUGAUAAUUUGUUCACGGAUCCGUUUUAUGAAGGGUUCACCGAUCGACUGGAUGAAAUCGGAAUUAAAUUCUCAUCAAUGUAUGAUGGCACAAGACAAAUCGUUACACGCAUAGAAGAGGAACAUCUUUGGGAAAGUAAACAGUUAGGUGCUCACUCGCCUCAUGUGUUGCUUAACACUCUCAUGUUCUUCAACACAAAACACUUCAAUUUGGCGACUGUUGAUGAGCACAAUCAACUAUCUUUUGCACACAUCAUGAAACACUGGAAAAGAUCUGGAGGUGCUGCAGUUCCAGCUACGAGCAAACAUCAACCUGCAGCAAAUCGAAAUGUUUUAUUAAGAUUCUAUCCGCCGCAAUCCUCUUUGGAUGGCAAUUCUCGGAAGAAGAAAAUGUAUGAACAGAAAGAAAAUGAGGAGAACCCAUUGAGAUGUCCAGUCAAAUUAUAUGAAUUUUACCUAUCCAAAUGCCCAGAAAGUGUGAAGACAAGGAAUGACGUUUUUUACCUGCUGCCAGAAAGGUCUUGUGUUCCUGAUAGUCCUGUCUGGUAUUCAACCAUGGCUUUAGACAAAAAAUCUCUUGUGAAAAUGUUAAAUCGGAUAAAGAUGGUGAAAGAAGUCAAUAUAGCUUUGUUGACAAUGUAAAUUGCUCACCGGGAUGGCGACAAGAAUAUCGUAGGUAUCACAGCAACUAAUUAAGCAAAGUCAUUAACCUUUGUGUUGUCUCUGUAUCGUUAGAUUUAUUCAUGAUGAUCUGCUUUUGUUUAAGUUGUUGUGAUUGAUCUAUCAGUAAAAACAACACCCCGAGAAUCUGAACUGAAAGUUUGGUUUGAAGAAAGCAUAUUGAUGAUGGAGCUGCAGUUAUGCGUUUCUUUUUUGUGGUGCCUCAAAAUGUCCGUUCUCAUUUUAUUUUAUCAAAACAGGACAAACCCAUACCAUUCCUUGAAACUUUUACAGAAUAUCCCUCAAACAAGAAGAAAAAUCAGAAAAGUUUUCAAGAGAUGAUGUGGGGUAUUAUUCCGUUGGAAAAUAAAAAAGGUUAGGAAAUUUUCGCAAACGGAGGUACGCAUCCCUGCAGUUUCCCUGUCGAGUUGUGUCUCAUGAAUUUUUUAAUUUUCCAAAGUCUGCUUAGUUUAUGAUUUUCGAGUAAGUGUCGAAGUUCCCAGCUUUUUUAUAUAAGGAGAAUUUUAUUAUUUUUAUGUUAAAGUCUCGAGGGAAUUUCGAAUAAUACUUUAACUUUGUCGGAGUUAGGUUCUGUUUGUAGAAGAUUUUGUAUCUGGAAAUGAUUUUUGCCCUUGAGGAAUCUCAUCAGUUGCAUGAAAUGAUUACGAUUUUGAGAUCUAAAAAAGUGCAACUAGUAUUCUGAGUUACUUCGAUCACAAAUUUGUAACUUGCAGAGUUGUUUGACUAAUGUUGUUGCUCUUUGGUAGUUGUGAAAAUGAGAGUUACAGUUCUGAUAAAUUUUUUUUGCUUUCUUUUCUGGAAUGUUAAUCAAACCUUCAAUCCUCAUUAUUUCUGAGAAUGUUUUUCAAAUAUUUUUUUUGCUAAGUUCAAUGCCUGACUUAAAAGUAAGCAUAAUCCCUCUCGUAAGUUUCAAAGUUCAUGCCAUAUUUACAAAUAUACAAUACAAAGGGCCCAAUAAAUUGCUGCUAAAGUCUUUUCCUCUAAUUAUUACAUUUAGAAAUUCUUUCAGACUGAUUGUUGUAUUUUGAGGUCAAGAAAAGGAAAAAGCAGCUAAGUAUCAUAGUACGAUUUCCAUUGAAAAAAGGUGUAAAUAAGGAGGCGUAACAUGCAUGUAAUAAUAUUUUGAAAAUGUGCAAUGUAAACUAAAUUUUUUGAUAGUAAAUUUAGAUGAGUUUAGAUAUUAUUUUUUAUUUUUUGACCAUCUACUCAGCAGUGGAAGUAUUUUGAAAUUUUUAACAUUUUUAAGUCGCAGCAGACACAAAGUCAUGAAAAUUAGAUCAGGACUUCGAGUUCUCAACUUUUGAAAUUUACUCGUAACGAGGGAUUCAUUUUUUUUUUUUUUAUCAAACCAAGAGCUGUUCUUAAAGUAUGUACGGCUCUAGAAAGGGAAGUCACGCUGAGCGUUAUGUAAUAGCUGUAGGGGGUACGGUUAUAGUUACAUCAUAAGGGGGAGAGGCAUCACAGUUGGGGAGUAGUAAUUCAAAUUUUCAGCGUUAUGUAUUUCAUGAAUGGCCCUUUGGCAGAAACGAAUUUGUCCUCUCUACCUGCAUUCAACCGACAUUCUGAUCAAUUUUGUUAUAAGUGAUUUUACAAUCCUUUUUCUCUCUUUUUUUGUAGGAGAAAAGGGGCAACGCUAAAUAUUUUGCUAUGGGUCAACUUUUUAAUUACAUCUACUUUUUAAACAUUUUAUUAUUAUUUUACCUAGUUUCAUGGAAUUCCAGACUUUUUUGACCUCUUUAUUUAUUUUGGUCUUUUUCAUCGCUCAGAGUCCCAUCUGUAAAGUUAUUAUCUUAUUAAUCAAAGAAACCUUGUGGAACAUAGUAGACAUCUGUCACAACAAAGAUGUAUUUUGUAUUAAAUCAUUAUGUACUUGCCACAUUUACUGAAAAUAAGCAAUGGUUAUAUUUUGUUCUAAGUUGUCUUUGGUUGUGGUAGUGGGCUUAGUCACUUGCGCAAAAUUUGGGAACCCCUGAAUUAACAAUUGUUGUGCGAUAACUGCAACAUGCCUCUGAGAAUGUUUUUGUUGCUUCUCUUGCAAA